AUGGAGCGCCAGGAUGCUUUCGUGGAUGCCGCCGUGCUGGACUUCGUGGCCGAUCUCUCCCUGGUCACCCCUGGGGGCUCUCUUCUCUACGACCUUGCCCCCGGGGGGUCCCUGGGAGAGCGAGCCCUGGCCCUCCGAGGGGGCGUGGCCCGGGGCCUGCAGCCCUUCGAGGAAGAAGAAGAAGAGGAGGAAGACGAAGAAGACGAAGAGGAGGAGGGUGAGGGAGAUGGGGAGGGAGAUGGAGGAGAAGGAGAGCCCAGGAGGGGUGCCUCCCUGCUCCUGGGCCGCCCCAAGAGGAAAAGGGUGAUAACCUUGGCCCAGCGGCAGGCGGCCAAUAUCCGCGAAAGGAAGAGGAUGCUCAACCUCAACGAAGCCUUCGACCAGCUCAGGAAGAAGGUGCCCACCUUUGCUUAUGAGAAGCGCCUAUCGCGGAUCGAGACUCUGCGCCUGGCCAUCGUGUAUAUCUCCUUCAUGACGGAGCUGCUGGCCGGCUGCAAGAAGCAAGAGGCAAGCCCAGACCCCCGGCCUUAG